AUGAAAUAUUGGAUUUUUGUUUUGUUAAUAAUGUUAUCAAUAAAUAUAAGGAAAUACAAAAAUUAUAAUUUAAAUAUUAAAUUAAAGCCUUUUACAAACAAAAUAUAUAUGUCUAGCCGAGUACAACUUAAAUCGACAAAAUUGCAACAUAGAAAAAGACCAAGAAAAAGAAAAAAAUCAGAAAUAUAUAGAACUCCUGUUUUAUAUAAUCCCAAUCAAAAAGAUUAUUUUAAUUUGCAAAGUGAAUAUAUAUGUUUGCCUGAUAUCGAAAUAUUAAAUUUAUUAUCAAAAAAUAGAUUACAUGCAUUAGUAAAUGCCAUUAAAAAUAAAGAUAAUGACCAAAUUAAUAAUAUUCUUUACAAAGAUGUAAAUAAUAUAUAUAUAGAUUCAAGAUACAUUUAUUAUUAUCCAAGUUUUAUUAAUAAUGAAAAGAAUGAAAAUAAUUUAAAUGAGUUUAAUAAUUAUAAUAAACAAAAUAAAAUAAACUACCAAAAGAAUUCAAUAGAAGUAAAUGAUAUUUCAAAUAAUGAAGACAACCAAAAUCAUCAACUAUGGAAUCAUGAAAAAAAUUAUAUUUUAAAAAAUAACAAUUUUAACAAAAAUUAUAUUGUAGAUAUAAAAAAAGGAAAUGAAAAUGAAACGGAUAAUAAUAAUGAAGAUAAUACAAAAUUUGUGGAUAUAAAUAAUAUUUAUUUUUAUUUUAAAAAAGUUAACAUUACAAAUAUAAAUAAAGAUAACAUAAAUGAUGAUAUAUAUAAAGAAUUAAAAGAAUUAAAGAAAAUAUCGAUGGAAAAAGGAGAUCCAAUUGGAUAUAACAUAUAUAAAUAUUUUCUAAAUAUUAUAACUAAUGUAGAUAGAUUCAAAUAUAUUGAUGAUUUUUUUUUAGUCGAUUAUAUAAAUAAUGUAUGGGAAAAUAAAAAUAUUCAUAAAUAUUUUUAUUUUUUAAAUUCUUUAUAUGAUAGAAUGAAAAAAAUAUCAUAUAAAUUAUUUAAUCUUAAUUAUAAAAUUGAUCAAAUUGAUCAUAUUGAAGAAAAAAAUAAAAUGAUAUAUUUUGAAAGGCACGAAUUAUUUAACAAAAUUAUAAAAAAAACGAAAUUUAUACCAAAUUACAUAUUAAAACAUAAUUAUAUUUAUUCUAAUAAUAUUUUUAAUUUAUAUCAAUAUGAUAUUAAAUCAAAUUCCUUUGUUAACAAAUUUGACUCAACUUAUACCCCAGUUCUAUUAACCGAUUUUUUUGAUCCAGAAAAAAAAAAAAAUUUAAAUAUAUAUUACAAUUUAAACACCUUUGAUUCAUUUAAAACUUAUGCACAUACAUAUCCAAGAAACAAUCAGCUCAAGAAAGUUAUGCAAAUCACUUAUGGGAAAGACGAAAACCAAAAUGAAAAAGGCGAAAACCAAAAUGAAAAAGACGAAAACCAAAAUGGAAAAGACGAAAAUCAAAAUGGAAAAGACGAAAACCAAAAUGGAAAAGACGAAAACAAUAAUAUGAUUAAUGUAAAAAAUAUGAACAAUUCGAAUGAAGAUAAACAAAAUAACGGACUUAAUAAUCAUAGUAGUUGGAUAGAUCGAAUAAAAAGGGAUAAAAAAAUAAAAUACGAAAUUUUAGAAAAAAUAUCAGAAAAAAUGCAUAGUGAAUUUCUUGAAAUGAAAGUAAUUGAUAACCAAAAUAAAAUAGAUUUAAAUAAAAUUGAUGAUAUAAAAAAUGAUAAAAAUAGUUUAUUAUAUAAAAAAGUAUAUGCUAUGAGAGAUUAUUUUUAUAAUUUAAUUUAUGAUAAUUAUAAACCGAAUUUAGAUAUAUAUGAGUUAGAAACAUUUAUAGAUGCUGAAUAUAGAACAUAUUCUUAUAAAAAAGAUUUAGAUAUACUUUUCAAACAUUGGGUAUUGAAUGAAAAUAAACAAUUGCCAACUAUUCAAUUUGCUAAAAAGGAUGUUCAAUUAGCAAAGACAAGACUUAUGUCAAAAAGAAAACGAAAAAUUAUAGAGUUUGAUCAACUUGUUUAUGAACGGCAUUGUAAACUUCAAAAGGAACACCAUAAUGAUGAAUCCCAUCAAGUUGAUAAUAAUCAAAUUUAUAAAAAAGUCAGAAAUGAAAAAGAAAAGGGAAAACAGAAUGACAAUUGCCAAGAUAAGGUUAUUAAAAAAUCAAUUAAUUGCUUAAUUAAAUGGAAUGUUAGAAGCGAAAAUGAUUCAAACAAAAGAAACAAACCAAAUGACGAUUAUAAUGACAACGAUUAUGACAAUGAUUGUGACAAUGAUUAUGACAACGAUUAUGACGAUGAAAAUGAAAAUGAAGAUACUGAUCUCAUAGAUUUUGAUAAAUAUGAUAUACAAAAUGAGGAAAUAAAAUCAUAUGGAUUUUGUGAUGAAGAAUUAGAAGAAUAUGACAAUGAUUCCACAACUCCAUUUUAUAAUAUGAAAUUUGCUAAAUUGGUAAUUUAUGACGAUAAUUAUAAUAAAACAACUUUUGUCGAAACGUUGAUGAAAUAUAUACAAACAUGUGAUUAUCAACGAGCCAGCGAUAUUUAUAAUUCUUUAAAAGUAAAAGGUAAAAUUGCUACGUUAUAUUUUAAAAAUUAUGAAAGGGCCGAAAAUAUUGCUUUUCUUUUACGGCAAUCCCCAGAAAAAAUUAUAGUUGAUGUGGAACUUUUAUAA